UGCACCUUGAGGGAUUGGCACCAAUUGACACAUUUGGUACAGGAAGGAUAAAUCAGGAUAAAUCGUGAGGAUAGAGAAGAUCAGAGGCCGGAGAGCGUGAAUAAAGUCAGUCCACGCCAGUUCACGGCGGAAACGUAUUUUUCGCGGCGAAAGAAAUCAGAUCCGAGUUGUCGAAAGAGAAAGUUCUCCGCGAUCUGUAAGAACGGGAUUCGAGCAUCGUACCAGGUCCAGGUCCAGCUGUUAUGGACAUGGUGAUGUCGAAUUUGCAACAACAACGCCAAGUGACGGAGCAGCUGCGCCGCGAGGCCGCCUUGAAGCGGAUCACGGUGAGCAAAGCCGUCGAAGACAUCAUGAAGUACAUCACCGAGCACGAGCAGGAGGAUUGCCUGCUGGUGGGCUUCUCAUCACAGAAGUCGAAUCCCUUUCGUGAGAAAAGCACCUGUGUCGUACUUUAAACCUGCAUGCUUGAAAUGAGGAAGGAUGGCACAGGAGAGACUAAUGAUAAUAUCACUUUUGCAUCUUUUUAAUUGCGCAUUGGUUCGUUGCAGCAAUAAGUAUAUAUUCGAGAUUGUAGGAU